UACGCGUCGCGAGACUAAGCGGACGUGUGUUCUGUUUGAGUAAAAUGAAAUAAACAAUUACAACAAAUAAAUAUAUUUUUGCUCCGCCAGCAUAAAAUCUGUGUCGCGUGUGAUUUGUAACCGAUAUAUGAACUUUAACAACAUGUACUAAAUAGAUCUAUCGAUAUCUAUAAAUAGUGUUUUUCGGUAGUAUGUCUACUUCCGAAGCGAGCCCGUUUGGUCGUAGCCAAUUACUCCAGAGAAGUCCUCCACCGACACCUACCCAACCGCCACCCCCUAGCGCCUCAAACCCACCAGCACCUACGGAGAAUGAACAGCCAACUAAAGUCAUCAGUACCUCGGAGAUACAGAGUUGGUUAGUAUCUAUAGAUACUAUCCUGAAUGAAGUCUGCACCAUUGUCGAAGGCAAAAUGAACUCUGAACAGAAGCUUCGUGUCUCCACUCUUUGCCGUAAGGUCCAAAAUGGGACAUCUCAGAUGGCGGUCUUAUACCAAUCAUUGAAGGCAAAAACUAUCCAGGCCCAUACUACAAUCCAGCACCUCCAGGAUCAGCAGAAUGUUGGGAACUCACUCCAGCAGUUCAGAGAGCUUGUAGAAGCAAAACUUAACCCGCCAGAAAAUACUUCUUAUGCUGGCAUGGUUAAAAAGGGUAGCGACAUCGUCCGUCCUGCGAACUUGAAAUCAGUCGCCAUCUAUCCCAGCGAUAAAACCCAGACAAGUGACGACACCAAGUCUCUUGUUCAAAAGAUCAUCUCCCCAGAACAACUGAAGCUGCAAGUUCGUGGCAUAAAAAAAGUGAAAAAUGGGGGCGUUUUGAUUAGCACCGAAAACAUAGGCGAUAUUGAGAAACUUAAAAGUUCGGAUAAAAUAGUUUCAUCUGGCCUUAAAAUAGAAGAACCCUCCAAACGCCGUCCCAGGAUUGCUGUUAUUGGUGUCCCCGUCGCUCUUACUGAAAAAGAGGUCUUUGAAUGUAUUUACGAGCAGAAUCUAUCAGCUAAGUUGCCAAACUUAACUCGCGAGUCCUUCUUAGAGUGCAUCAAAUUAAGCCAUAAAUCGGGUAAGAGAGACCUUUCUACUUGUAACUACAUCCUGGAACUACCGGCUAGCAUAAGAAAGGUUAUCAUUGACCAAAGCCGAAUUUUCAUCAAUUGGACAUCAUGCCCGGUGAGAGAUUUCACUAUCGUCACCAGGUGCUUCAAUUGCCAACAAUUUGGACACGCAGCCAAGUUCUGCCGGGAAACCAAUCCUACCUGCAGCCACUGUGGAGAUAGCGGACACUCCUCCAAGGAAUGCAGUAACAAACCUUCCACCCCUCUAUGCGCAUCGUGUAAACGCUUCAAGAGAAAAUGUGACCAUCCAACUGGUGAUGUAAGUUGCCCUGCCCGUAAACAUGCAGAAAUGAAUUAUAUUAACUCGAUAGACUAUGAAGGCGCCUAAGAGCGUCACCGAACACUUUAGUUAAUUAGCAGAUAAAUAGGUAGUUUAUAUUUUAGUUUAUUUUUCUUUUGUAAGUGUCAUGACAACUCAGCUAAUUUGCGAUCUAGAUAGUUUUUCUGUGUCAGAGUCUAAAGUAUGUAAUGUUGAGGAUUGUAAACAACUUCUUCCUUCUGAUGACAAAGCACUAACCUUACUAACACAGAAUAUUCGCAGCAUAACUCGAAAUAUGAACGGUUUUGAAGUGUUGUUACAGGAUCUCGACGUAAGCUGCGAUAUUAUUGUCUUAACAGAGUGUUGGCUGUCAAAACAGAAGGAUAACUUACCAUCUCUUGACGGUUAUUACUACUACAGAAGUGACAUAAACAUAAACCAGAACGAUGGUUUAGUAGUAUACAUCAAGAAUAAUUUAAGAACUGUAAAAGAAGAACCAGUUACCCUGGAUAGUAAUUGUUUAAUAAUUAAAAUCAUUCCCGACACGGUAGUCAUAGCCAUUUACAGGCCUCCUUCUCAAAACAUAGAUAGAUUCUUAGAGUCACUCGACACAAAUUUGAAAAGUUUAACAUCCUUCAAAAACAUAAUACUUUUGGGCGAUAUUAACAUUAACAUUGCUUCCGGGAAAAUAGAUGGUAAUAUUCAUAAUUAUCUGAAUAUUUGCGCAUUUCAUGGACUUCUUCCAGCUCACUACCAUCCCACGCAUCAGAGUGGCUCAUGUUUGGACCACAUCUUUAUUAAGUCAAAAAAUCCAUCCAAAACACUAGUUACUAAUUCUACGCUUACCGACCAUCAGGCUGUUUUACUAACAUUACAAAUAAGUUCACCUAGAAAAAACUGCAUGCGUAGCUACACUAGAAUUAAUAUGACUAAUCUUGAGAAUGACAUUCGCGGUUUUGAUCUCGACCCAGUUUAUAAUUCAGACGAUGCAAAUAGUUCUUUAAAUUACUUCGUAAAUUUAUUACAAUCUGCGAUAAAGAAAAAUACGUUUGCUAAGACAAUGCCUAGAAAGUACAGUUGCAUUAAACCUUGGAUCACCCCUGGUCUCGUUCGAUGUAUAAGGAAUAGAGACAGACUCCACCAAAAAUUGAAACUAGAUCCUGAUGACAAAGCACUUUCAAUAACUUAUAAAAGGUAUCGGAACUUUUGUAAUAAUCUUUUGAAAAAAUUAAAAAAUCAGUACGACAAAAAUGAAUUACAGAAAGCUGGAAAAAAUAAUAAACUUCUGUGGAAGUUUGUAAAAUCUCAUACAUUUCGAUCAAAAAAAUCCGAACCUCCGUUUGACAUAUUAUUGGCAGAUAUCAACCCAAAUGAAGCAAUAAAUAAAGCAAACGACUUCUUUACUAACGUUGGUAAAAACUUGGCUGAAAAAACACUUUACCCAAGUACCAUUUCUCAACCCAACUCGACCGCGACGCCUUCCAAACUAAAUUCUUUUGUUUUAUUUGAUACCGACGUUAAUGAAGUAGUCAGAAUUAUAAGCGGGCUUAAGAAUGCGUGUGCCACUGGGUGGGAUGACAUACCUAAUAAUGUUCUUAAAACAUUUAAAUACCUGCUUGCCCCUCCUCUAACCCACAUCUUCCAACUUUGCUUAUCAAAAGGUAUAUUUCCAAAACAACUUAAAAAAGCAGUGAUCACACCUGUAUUUAAAUCUGGAGAUAAAACAAGUGUAAAUAACUACAGACCCAUCUCAGUGUUAACAGGCCUCUCAAAAAUUCUAGAAAAAAUUAUUAACACUAGAUUGAUUAAAUAUUUAGAAGAUAACAGACUAUUAUCAGAUAGUCAGUUUGGUUUUAGGGCUAAAAAAUCAACCAGCCAAGCAGUCCAUAAUUUGACUAACUAUAUCACUACUAACCUAGAUAAUGGUAUGCACACAAUAGGGAUCUUUCUAGACCUUGCCAAGGCCUUCGACACUAUUUCUUGUUCAUUACUUUUGCACAAGCUUGAAUCACUUGGGAUAAGAGGUAAACAACUCUUACUAUUUUCUGACUAUCUCAGCGAUCGUUAUCAAUGUGUAAAAAUAGGUCAGUAUAUCAGUUCUGAUCUUAAAAAUAGCUGUUUUGGCAUUCCACAGGGUAGCAUUUUGGGGCCCACAUUAUUUUUGAUCUACAUAAAUGAGCUAUGCAGCCUUUCGCUCCAAAAUGGAGUUAUAAUGUCAUAUGCGGAUGACACUGCUCUAUUGUUUUCAGGCAAGUCAAGAGCUGAGGUGUAUGAUAUUGCUCAAAAUGGUUUUGACGUUGUGACUAAGUGUCUUCAGAAUCACCUCCUAACAUUAAACGCAGAUAAAACCAAUUACGUUUUAUUUACAAUUAGAAACAAUAACAUACCACUUAGUAACCUAAACAUUCACGCACAUAUUAACUGCACGUAUGCUGACAAUGCAUGCUCUUGCCCCACUUUAGCCAAAGCUGACCAAGUAAAAUAUCUAGGUGUUACGAUUGACUCAAAUCUAAAUUUCCGUAAACAUAUCGAGUUACUAUGUACGAGAGUACGCAAAUUAAUAUAUGUAUUUAAAAAUUUACGUAAUAUUGCCGACUACAAAGUAAUAAAACAGGUUUAUUUAGCUUUGUGUCAAUCUAUUCUUACAUAUUGCAUAACUUCUUGGGGCGGUGCAGCUAAAACAAUUUUACUCCCAUUAGAACGUGCUCAAAGAGCAAUUCUUAAGGUCGCUACCUUCCGCCCUUUUCGAUUUCCUACGCACCAACUCUACACAGCAUGCGAUGUGCUUACAGUGCGGCAAUUAUUUAUUUUAAACAUAGUGCUACACCAGCAUACUGCACUUCCUUUUGACCCUCUGCCUUCGGACAAGAGAAGGAAGGACUUAGUUUGCAUAAAGCCUCAAAUCAGACAUGCCUUUACUAAG